AUGCCAAACAUGGGCAUGGCGGGCAUGGGUGCUGGUGGGUAUGGCAAAGCUGGUGGAAGGGGAAACGAGCCAUCGUGCAACCUCUUCGUGACCGGAUUGCCAAUGGAAAUCGAUGAGGGUCAGCUCCGUGAUCUCUUUGCAAACUAUGGGAUGGUCAUGCGGUGCAAAGUGCUGCCCCACAACGGCAUGCCCGAUCGGGCCGCCCUGGUGGAAAUGGGCGACGUCGCGCAGUCCCAGUGGAUUGUCAACAAUUUGAACGGGAACACGCCGGCCGGCAUGUCGGGCCCCAUCAAGAUCGGCUACUCGCAGUCGAAGGGCAAGGGCAGCCGGCAAUCGCCCUACGAGCAGCCUGCGCCUGGCAACCUCUCAGGCUUGGAGAUCAAGCUUGCGACGCACACCAAUGACCUUGGCAACAAGUUGUGGGUGGGACAGAUCCCCCUGGGAACCACGAAGGACCUCAUGUACCACGAGUUUUCGAAGUACGGAGCUGUCCAGGAUGUGUACAUACGCGAUGACGGAAAGGUCCAGGGCCGCAUGUGGGGCUUUGUCACAUUUGUGGACUCGACUGGAGCCACGGAAGUCCUGUCGGCCUUCGCGACAGGAGCCUUCGCGCAGCAGGCGAUGGGCGCUGCGCAGGACCAGUUCCAGAUGCCUCCUCCGCCCAUGCCGGAGCCCCCACAGCCCCUCUCGGUGAGGCCUCGUGCAGACAAUCCGUGCAAGUUGUGGGUCGGCGGCAUUCCUGCCGGGAGCACCGAGAUGUUCCUGCGGGAAGAGUUUGGCAAGGUUGGCCAGGCCCGACCGUCCCGAAAGGGACAGCAUGGGAGACCCAAAACCUGGGACUGCCUGCAAGUUAGGAGACGCAAGGACGGAGCUUGUGACGGAAGCAUGCAGUCCCCGUGA